AUGCCUGCGGCCGCUGUCGUCUGGGGAUGUUUGGCUGCAGUGCUAUCGUCCGCUGUCCAGUCGUUCGGGAUCACCCUCCAGCGAAAGUCGCAUGUCAUAGCGUAUAGAGAUCCACUCGAAGAUAAUCGAGACAGUCGGCGCGAGAGCGUAUCUGCGGGGGAACACGACUACUCUCGCCAUGCGUACAAGCGCAACAUGUGGUUGGUGGGGUUCUUUUUGUUUAUUGUGGCCAACGUUCUCGGCUCCGUGGUGCAGUUGACCACGCUACCGUUGAUCAUCUUGUCUCCGCUCCAGAGCAUUGGGCUCAUCUUCAACUCGAUUUUCAGCUGCAUGCUUCUACCCGGAGAACAUUUUACUGUCAAACUUGCGGUUGGAACGCUCGUCAUUGCUAUAGGAGCAUUCAUUAUUGCCUACACUGGGGGAGCCAGCACGCAGCCUCCGCCCGAGAUGGGCACCGACGAGCGGUUGAAGUUGAUGCUCGAGAAGUUUUCGCGUCCGGGGUUCUUGACCUGGUGGAUAUUCACGUUCGUUUUCAUGGCCAUUCUUCUCAAGGUGAUCUGGUCAUUGUCGCAUAGAAUCUCCUCGUUGCAACUGCAGCCGUGGCGCAAGAUGCGUCGUGGCUCCCGCACUGGCCGUGACCGGGUUUCGAGGGUCAUUUUCACUCGCGGAGUCUUGUACGGUGUCAUCAGCGGCACGCUCACUGCUCACACGUUUUUGUUCGCCAAAUCUAUGGUGGAUGUGCUUGUGGAGACGAUCUUGAACCAAACAACGCCAAAAAGCCUGUCUACGUAUGUGUUGGCCGUUUUUUUGUUGUUGUUCACGCUCUCGAUUGUUGGCUUGCAGUUGGUGGCCUUCAACAAGGGCCUCUCCAACAUUCUGACAGCCAUCUUAUACCCACUCUGCUUUUUGGUCUACAACAUGAUCAAUCUUUUCAACGAUCUUUUUUUCAAUAGACUUCUUUCUACCGGGGCUAUGACUGCUGGCAAGCUAGUCUUGGUGAUUUUCGGUCUCGUCAACGUUAUGUUCGGAGUAGCCGUCAUCUCGUGGGACAGCGCGUUCUCCGAUUCGAGGAAUGAAGAUGCGCUGGUGCACAUGGCAAGCAAAUUUCCCUACGAGUAUGCCCGUGAUGCCGGGCAAGCCGAUGCAUUUUCGUACGAGGAGCGGGAGCUCAUGGGGCAGUUCAGUUCGGUCCGCUUGCCUGAAGAAGCCUGA